ACACUCCAUACGUAGAACCUAAGUUUUUAAAAGGUCAACAAAUUUUAUUGUGUGCCUUUGGUUGAUUCAAUAUAUUUUAUAUAGUUUCUCAAUAUGCGGAAAUUUAUUCUUAUUAGAACUUAUAAAGAGGAAGAUAAACUGGUUUGCAAACAAUUACUUAAAGCUAGUGUAAUGUAUCCGCUAAAUCAUACAUUUAUUGGAUAUUUAUUAGGAACAAAUAUGAUGCGUAUAAUAAAUGUAUUAUCUAUAGUGUUAAUGGUAGUACUCCUUCAGACAGGAUUCCAUGUGGUUUAUUGUAUUAUGGUUAUAUUUAUACCAGGAAUUAUAUUAUAUAUUUCAUUAUUAUCAAAGUUUUUGUAUCGAUCUAGAAUUGUUGGAAAUGAAGUAUCUGAGAUUCAACGGAUUUACACGGCCAAUAAUUCUUGCUGUUUUUGGAUAGCGGAAGAAUGUAAAGAUUAUUCAUUAAAUCGUUCGGAACAAGAUCAGCGAUAUAUAUUUAUGACAGAGGAAAAAUUGAAUGAAUGUAAUAUUGAUAUAUCUCAACAUAAUAAGAAAAUAGUAGGUAUUUUGGCUGUCCAUAAAAAAAAUUUUGACCCAACAGUUGCUUGGAUAAAAAGAUUAUAUGUUGAGAAUAAGUAUAGAAGGAAAGGUAUAGGAAGUCAACUUAUGAAUCAAGCUAUGCAUUUUGCCGAAGAGCAUAGAUUUGAAUGUGUUAAAACGAUUAGUAAUCAAUUCCAAAAAGUUCUUAUAAAUUUUUAUAAUACUAGAAAUUUCAAUGUAAAAAUUUUAAAUGACAAAUCAUUUUUAGUAUCAAUUACGAUGUAUGAAUAUAUAUUUCGAACAACGCAUUAUCAUACAAGUCAUUAAAAAUUUGCUUAAUGUACAAUCUAUGCCAAAAAAUUGAAAUGUCCAUGUUAAUU